AUGGGAAGCGAAGAUGGAAAGACUAGCCGAAAUCUAAUUAUUGUACCAGAUUCCAAAAUUAUUGAUAUAUUAGCAGAGCUCCACGAUGGCCCAAGUGGAGGACACCUUGGAAUAACAAAGACAGCCGAAAAUUUGAAACAACGAUUCUACGAGGUUGGAUGCCAAAAAUCCAUUGCCGAUUGGGUAGCCAAUUUCGAAAGGUAUAUGAAGGCUAAACGUCCAAAACGGAAAAGUCGAGGCCAUAUUCAACAGUAUAAUUCGGGAGCUCCGUAUGAAAGGAUAGCAAUGGAUCUAGCUGGACAAUUUCCAAUUAGUGACUUAGGAAACCGUUAUGUCCUAGUGGUAAUGGAAUAUUUCAGCAAAUGGCCAGAGGUUUAUGCACAACAGAAUCAAAAGCCAAAGACAAUUGUGAAUGUUAUUAGCAAAAAAAGCAUAUGUCGCUAUGGAGCUCCAUCGGAGAUACAUUCUGAUCAGGGCAGAAAUUUUGAGUCCGCAAUUUUUAAAGAAAUGUUCAAUCGCACCCUGGAAGAACACCUACGGAAAGUGGUAGAUAAAGGCCAGAAAGACUGGGAUAUGCACAUACCGAAAUUUUUGCUGUCAUAUAGAUCUGCAGUACACGAUUCCACAUCUCAGACACCGGCCAAAAUUUUAUUUGGAAGCGAGUUAAAAUUGCAUGGUGAUUUGAUUUUCGGUGGAAAGCCAGACGAUUGUGAAGACUAUCGAACAGAUGUUCAGGACACCUUUCGUAAAGUUCACGAUUCAGUUCGUCAUUGA